AUGGAGGACCACGACGUCACCCGGCCCGUGGCACCGUGGUUUUCGGUCGUCUUUGGCUUUGACGAAGAGGAUGGCUGGGUCAAACUGGAGGAUGGUAGCUACUUGCCAUCCUUUGUGAACGAUGUGCCGGUCCUGACCGUGCCACAGGAUGAUGAGGGUGGACAGUAA